AUGAACGAGGAAGAAAGCCUGGACUGGUUAGAGGAGCUAUUAGAGGAAGUACAGCUAGAGAAGUUCUUCAGGCCUAUCAGAGAUGACCUCCAUAUCACUCGACUCUCCCACUUUGACUAUGUUAAAGGGGAGGACUUGGAGCGGAUUGGCAUGAGCCGACCCGGUCAUCGGAGACUGUUUGAUGCAAUAAAAAAGAAAAAAGCUGCUCGUAGGAAAUCCUGGAUUGGGAAAAUUUUACAAAAAAUAGAUAAAGAAGGUGAAAGGUUACCUAAACCUGAUAAUUGUCCGCCUGAUAUGUAUAAACUUAUGCAGCAGUGUUGGGCACUGAAACCGGAAGACAGACCAACGUUUGAAACUCUCAAAGAAUUCCUACCUAAGAUUCAGCCACCAGAUAUGAAAGCAUUGAGUAAUUUUGAUGAACAAGAUAAACUACAAAUCAAAGAGGGCGAUGUUUUGACAGUCAUUGAAGGGAGGGCUGACAACUAUUGGUGGAGAGGACAGAACAGACGUACUCGACAGAUUGGUCAGUUUCCUCGUAACGCUGUUGUAUCGUCAGAAGGCAGUUUAAAACCUAACGAUAUUAGUCGACCUUUGAAGCAUAGUUUUAUUCACACUGGACAUGGAGAUAUUGCCGGCAAUUCCUGGGGAUUUGCAGACCGCAUCGAUGAAAUGUACCUAGAAAACCCAAUGAUACCAUUGGAUAAAUAUGGUAUAGUAGAUAAUAGCAAUGAUAAUGGUGAUAUCAGUCUGGUAAAACUUCCUGAGAGAAGUCAUACAGUGCCAUCAAGUUCAAGAACUCUUCAUGGAGAAGAUAGCUGUAGGAAAACGAAUGCAGAUAACGCAGUAAAACGAGCUAAUACGAUAGGAAGCCCGGAUUCACCAUCGCGAGAGGGAAUACGAGUGGGGUCAUCAGUCUUUUACGUCCAAGGUAUUCAUGAUUCUUUAAAACAAGAUGUACUGGAAGAGAAGUCUGAAAUUGAAAGUGAAGUGAAGUCGGAGGUACUUAUUGACUUGUUUGACAGCAGUGAUGCUCAAGUGCCAAUAGAUAAUAAUGUAUCAAGUGGACAAUCUGUUAUUGAGGACCAGGCAAGUCCUCCGAAAGUCUUACCAAGCCCCCUAGCUCCUGAAUGUAAAAGAUCUGGAAGGUAUUAUAGCAGUAUAAUCACAGAAGAAGAUACAGUAUCAGCAAGACCAAGAAAUAUCUACGCUCCUCUUGAAGAAGAAAUGAACAAUGAUCAGACACGCUGUUACGAUAAAGUGUCUGAGGACUCUCAAUAUGAAACAAAACUCUUGUCUGAUGCAAGACACUAUGACCAAGUGAAUGAAGAAGAAUUGAAAGCAUUGCCUGUUGCAGCAUUUUAUAGUGAUGUUCCCAUAGAGACGACAUCAUCAAAGGCUGUUGUAGAGCCACAAAGGUUAUAUGAUCAGAAUCGAGUCAUGGCAGCUUUCCAGCCACCGACAAGACGAUAUGAUGAUGUUGCUUCUCCUGACACUUUGCCACAAAGUAAGGUGACAGGAACAACAAACAAACCUCAUACAAAUCCUUUUAAUGAUACAAAACCAGACACAAAACUGAAAUCCUGUUAUGACGAUGUGGCUUCACCACAAAAUGAAGCAGAGGUAGGAUCAUCUACCUACUUGUAUGGAGAUGACAUACACGAUAAUAAACCAAAAACUACAUUCCAACACAAAACUGUUUAUGAUGAUGUGAGCGUGGAAGCUCUUUCAAUUGAUAAACUCGGUGGUGUGCCAUCAGUAGGACCGGCAAUUCCCACGCGUCUAUAUGCCCAAGUUUCCAAGGAACGACCUCCACAUGUUAAAUCUUCAUCACAGGAUGAAAAAUCAGCAAAUAAAUCAUGGGUUACAUUCAGUCCUACGCCUGCUAGUCAGCAAGUUUUGCCAUAUGCACUCGAACAGACGACGACUAAAAAGAAAAAGAAAUCGGAAAAGGUUAAAAAGGUGCAAACAAAAAAUAAUUCAACACAGCAGUCAGUUGGUGAAAGUGACAAUGUUGUUAUUAAUCGCGCAUCAAGCGGUGCUAUUCCUAAGAAUAGUGGCAUUGACAAAAGCAAUCAUGAUGGUGAUACAAGAACCAAAAUGAAAAACUUAACCACAUCAGAAAAGACUUUACCAAUUGCAUCAAGAGAUAAAUCAACUGUUUCAGAUUUUCAUGAAGAGGUGUUAAAGCCGCAAAAAGUAGACCCAAAAAAUGUGAAAGAGAAAUCUCCUAAAAGUAUUAAGAUGAGCACCUCCACUUCCCAGCAUGCACCAGUGAGAUCUACGAAUGGCAAAGAUUUCCAGCAUAAAUCAAAAACUUCAGACUCUAAACCCAAGGGGCAAUUAAAGUUACAGCCACAGCAGGCUCAGCAACAGUUAGUUGUAAGUGAAAGUGAUUAUGAAAAACUAUCUGAGUCGAUAACUAAACUCAACUUUGAACCUAAAACAGAGGAGGCAAAACAAUAUAUUGUGGCACAGUCAAAUGCACCACCAAAUCAUGACGAAUACACAACCUGCGAUACUGCACCCUUGAUACGUCCGCAAUCUAAGCCAACAAGGCCUCCAGUAGCCGUAAAGGAUCGUAAAUCUGAAAAUAAAGGACCUGAUUUUGCAGCAGUUGCCAGAGCAGCCCCGCACAAAGAUAGAGAAGAAUGGAGAGAGAACUUUGAGUGGAUGGAGUUUCCAAGAAAAAAAAAGAAAAACAAACAACCUGUGGAUGAUGGGCCUAAUUUGAUUGAAUUUAGUGAUUCUGAGGAGCAGGAUGCAUCUGAAAGACCAAAGCUACCACCCAGAGUGCCGCUCAGUCGAGGUGGCAAUAUGCGUCGACAUCGGCCGAGAGAAGAUUACAGAUCAGAUCCAACACAUCAAAGGAGCUCAGCAGUAUCAACACCAUCGAUAUCACCAUUAGUAAAAACCAUGCCACAUAAUCCAUUCUCACUAACUGAUCUGACUCAAGAACUUAUGCCCCCUGCCAUACCUCCAAGGCAACCACUGUCUCAGUCUUCUCAAAAAUCGGCCACUCCAGAUGAUGAACAAAAGCCUUGCAUAUUCCCGAUUAUGUUGGAUGGCAAAAAAAUUAGUAGCACCCAUUACUUCCUCAUUCCUGCUAAACGGUACACAUCAGAAGACUGGAACAAAGAGGCCUCAGAAGAUUUCCAGAACAUUCCUAGCCCACCAAGGUCACCGACCAAUCUGACACCUCCACUCCCACCUAACACUGCUCAAAUCAAACCCAUUAUGAGAGAUGGCACUCAGCUUAAGACAACAGACAUUGGUACCCACAAUCCACUGCUUUCAAAUCCCUUGCUCAAGCACAUAGAUAAGAAAGAUACAGACGUCCAUUCAUUUUCUGCUCUGGAUCUAACACUUUUAAAACCUAUUGUGCCGCAUGAAGAUUUGUCUGACUGGAGUCGUUUUGAUGAUGAUACCCACAGACAAGAACACAUGAAAGAUGUACAGACAUCGCCACGUGAACAGGUUUAUCUUGUACAGCAGCAAGUACAUGGAGUGACCUUGGAUGAGUGCCAUACUGCCUUAGAUAGGAACAUGUGGAACAUUCAUAGAGCUGUCAACUACUUAAAAACAGAACAACUUUUUAGAUUAGGUCUUGCUUCGAGGGAAAAAUGUGAAAAAUUAUUGAAAACGUUUGAUUGGAAUCUUGAGCUGGCUGGUUCAGUCCUGAUGGACGAGUAUACACAGUGA